AUGUCGUCAUUCAUUGUAUGCAUGCUGAAAGUGUGUGGUGGCACUUAUCUUUGUUUCAAGAAACUUGGAGCAACUUCAACAAAGCAGGGACGUGGUUUCACCAUCUGGGGUAUAUGGGGAGAACGGAACAAUGAGAUACAUGGUGAACAAACAAAAACCACCCAGGCUAUUGCUGCUUUUAUUAAACAGUACCAUGCUGAGUUCAACAACGCACAAGUCGCAUGCGUCAACCAACCUACGUGGUCCAAAUACUGGUUAAGGCCUGUAGAAGGGAGAGUGAAGGUGAACUUUGAUGGUGCACUUGCCAAACAAGACAGAAAGGGUGGAGCUAGGAUAGUUAUUAGGGACCAUAACGGACAAGUUCUAGGUGCUGCAACAAUCCAAAUUCAUGCUGUUAAUGAUUUGUUCUUAGUUGAAUCCAGAGCAGCAGUCUUAUCACUGCAAUUUGCUCCUGAAAUGGGUUUUACAAAUAUUGAACUUAAAGGUGACUGUUUUACAGUUGUAAGGAGCCUGAAUAUGACAAUAAUGGAUUUUUCACGUAUAGGCGUGAUCAUUGAGGAAACCAGGAGAAGAAUGUCUUUAUUCCACUCUUGUAAUGUUUUGCAUGUUCUUCGCUCAGGGAAUAGGCACCUCAUAAACUGGCUCACUAUAAUAAGUAUCAUGACAUAUAGAUUUGUGAACUCAUCACCAGACAUAGACCUUAGAAGUCGUUAUCAAUCUUUUUUGUUUUGGUGUGAUGAACCAUUUAAUUGA